CACAAAACAAAACAAAUAAACAAACAAACACACGCCCAUAUAAUGACGGGCAGUCCCGGCCUGGUCCGGAGAUUAUGGUUCCAAUGGCGAACAAUGAAGCUGCCGUGGCGGAAGCGCUGGCUUGUGGGCUACGACCUACAGGGUAACACAUACUGGGAAUUCAAAGACAACCUCAACUCGAACCGUUUCCGCCGAAUCGUAGAAUAUACACGCUCCACACACUACGGCGACGUCAACGUCCCUCCACAAUGGAUGCAAUGGCUCCGCCACACACGCUUCGAACCCCCAACCAUAGCCGACCAACACGCUGAAAUCCAACGACAAGAGCGCAUGAAGAUCCUCGCUGCGCAGGCAGAUGCUAGAUGGGCUGCGAAACCUUCUGCGCUUGAUGCGGCGCCGGAGACGCAACAGCCAGUUCAAAUGUUGCAGUCGCAAGAUGCGGCGUCCGGGAUACGGCAGAUGAAUGUGGGACAGGAACGACGGGACAUGGAGGCUGAGGCUGCGAGGGAAGAGGCGCAACAGGAGAGAAAGAGAGUCGAAGAAGAAGAGAGAGAACGACAGAUUAAAAGCAGGAAAAAGAUGAAGGGUGAAGCGAAAGAUUCCCCGUGGAAACAGGCGCCGAAGAAUAAUCCGGGUGAGGAGUGGCAGCCUGCGCCGUGGUCUCCCUCAGGACCUGCGAGACGGAAGUAG